UCUUUUUCAGCUUCAUUUUGGAUUAAAAAUGUGCGAUCAGACCUUUCUCGUUAAUGUAUUUGGCUCCUGUGACAAAUGUUUCAAACAACGGGCUCUGAGACCAGUUUUCAAGAAAUCUCAACAGCUCAGCUACUGUUCAACAUGUGCAGAAAUCAUGGCAACCGACGGGCUGCACGAGAGCCAGACCCUGGCGUCGCUGAAGAGCGAGGCCGAGAGCCUCAAGGGCAAACUGGAGGAGGAGCGGGCCAAGCUGCACGACGUGGAGCUGCACCAGGUGGCUGAGCGGGUGGAAGCUCUGGGGCAGUUUGUCAUGAAGACCAGGAGGACCCUCAAAGGCCAUGGGAACAAGGUUCUCUGCAUGGACUGGUGCAAAGAUAAGAGGAGGAUCGUGAGCUCUUCCCAGGAUGGGAAGGUGAUCGUGUGGGAUUCCUUCACUACUAACAAGGAGCACGCAGUCACCAUGCCCUGCACGUGGGUGAUGGCCUGUGCGUACGCCCCGUCGGGAUGCGCCAUUGCAUGUGGUGGUUUGGAUAAUAAGUGUUCUGUGUAUCCACUGACGUUUGACAAAAAUGAAAACAUGGCUGCCAAAAAGAAGUCCGUCGCUAUGCACACCAACUACCUGUCAGCCUGCAGCUUCACCAACUCAGACAUGCAGAUCCUGACAGCAAGCGGCGACGGGACGUGUGCACUGUGGGAUGUGGAGAGCGGGCAGCUGCUGCAGAGUUUCCACGGACACGGGGCUGACGUGCUCUGCUUGGACCUGGCCCCAUCAGAAACGGGCAACACCUUCGUGUCUGGGGGAUGUGACAAGAAAGCCAUGGUGUGGGACAUGCGCUCCGGCCAGUGCGUGCAGGCCUUUGAAACACACGAAUCUGACAUCAACAGUGUCCGGUACUACCCAAGUGGAGAUGCCUUUGCUUCAGGAUCAGAUGAUGCUACGUGUCGCCUCUACGACCUCCGGGCAGACAGGGAAGUCGCCGUCUACUCCAAAGACAGUAUCAUAUUUGGAGCAUCCAGUGUGGACUUCUCCCUCAGUGGGCGCCUGCUGUUUGCUGGAUACAAUGAUUACACCAUCAAUGUCUGGGAUGUUCUGAAGGGGUCCCGAGUCUCCAUCCUGUUCGGACAUGAAAACCGCGUUAGUACUCUCCGAGUCUCCCCUGAUGGGACUGCUUUUUGCUCAGGAUCAUGGGAUCAUACCCUAAGAGUCUGGGCCUAAUCGUCUCCUCACAAUGCACACAUACGCACCUGAGGGUAGAAUUUGAAACCGCCAAAUGGAAAUAGAUCUUCUUCUAGAGGACCUGAGGGUUAUUGCGAUGUAGCUUAAAGGAGCCCAGACCGAUAUUACUUUUAAAACAACCACCCCUGGAAAGAUCUGGUGUGGGCCUUCAGCACUAGAACACCUUCAAGUCCAGUGUUUUGCAUUUUGAACACUUUUUAAAAUGUAUCCAUUUUUAAGGUUAUUCUAAUCAUAUGGUCUCCACGCGUUCUAUUACCACACGGAUUCAGCAUUUAAUAAAUCCCCUAGUACUUCCUUGAACCACAUUUGUUUUCAGAGCACUCUAAAAUCUGAUUCUUCUCAGGGUGCCCUGUGCCUUUUGGAACUUUCCUCUAGAAGUGCUGACCUUAACAGACCGCACGAGGCAGACAGUGUUGAGGGGUCUGUGAUAGAAGAAAAUUCAAAUUCUGAACGUAAUCAGACACAAUCCCUUUUGAAAAUACGUUUUUAUUGUAAAAGUCUCUUUUUCAGUCUCGCAUUGUCUUUUUUCAGGUCAAAUAUUUCCCUCUGUGUGAACUGUCACAAAUAGAGGAGAGAUGCACAUAGAGUGGACGGGAUGUUUGCUUUAGGACUUCUGUGAUGAUGUGACGGCUCCCUUGGAUGGGAUAUUUCCUGUCAUUUGAGGGAAAAGCUGAAUGCUGUUUGUGACACAAAGGCUCCUCAGAGCAAAACCUUUCUGUGUGGGAACACAGACAGUACACUUAUUUAAAAACCUG